GUCGAUACACUAAAAAAGAAAAAAAGAUGGCGACCUUUGAAAAGUCGCUUCGAGUUACUUGCUCGUGAAAAUCUAUGAAUCGAGAGUUAAAAAGUUGUGUUGUACUGUGUUUCAUUAGUGUGUGAUAGAAGGGGACGAGAGGCCCACUGGCCAAGCACAUCAUGCCGAUACUCGUAGGUCUAGAUCUAGUUUGCCUCCUCAGUUGACGACAAAUGUGCGAAUGCAGUUUAAAAAGAGGUUCACAUUAAUUUUAAUGUGUGGUACGUUGGCCGUGGUCGCCUACAUUGUUUACCUUCACGGUAUCGCCAAUCACGGAGUCAGGGCUACCAUCCAGAGGUAUGAGAAACGUCACACGGGGGACAGGAACCCUCGGUCUUUCCUCGCGGACGAUGUCGAGGGGGUGUUCUCCACUGACGACCACAACAGUACCGUCAACAGGUCCCAGUGGGAGACUCGCCUGGACUGGAGAAAGUGCAGAAUGGAGACCUGCUUUGAUUUCAGCAAAUGCUCUAAGGGAUUUAAGAUAUAUCUUUAUCCACGCCAGGCACCGGUGUCGGAGCCCUACGCCAAAAUCUUGAGCGUGAUUGAAAAGUCUCGCUACCUCACAGCGAACCCUCUCGAGGCGUGUAUUUUUGUGCCUACCAUCGAUACCUUAGACCAGGAUGUGCUCAGUAAAGACUAUGUCCCCAACGUAGAUAAAAAGCUUCAAAGUCUUCCAUUCUGGAAUGGCGGCAGGAACCAUUUAUUAUUCAAUCAGUAUUCUGGGACAUGGCCGGAUUAUUCAGAGGAUCUAAAAUUCAUCGAACAGGCCAUGCUCGUCAAGUCCAGCAUGUCCAUAGACUGGAUUCGUUAUGGGUUUGACGUGUCCAUGCCAUUAUUUCCCAAGGACCACCCACAGUCUGGUGGAGACCUUGGAUACCUUAACAACGCCUCUAAUUCUAUACCUUCUGUUCGUCAUUAUCUGCUGGCCUUCAAAGGCAAGCGCUAUCUCAAUGGAAUAGGAUCUGAUACUCGCAACAGUCUCUACCAUAUUCAUAAUGGGAAGGAUAUUGUUCUGUUGACUACAUGUAAACAUGGUAAGGGGUGGGAGAAGCUUAUGGAUGAUAGGUGCUUGCAAGACAACGAUGAGUAUGAAAAAUAUGAUUAUAAAAAAUUGUUAUACAACUCCACAUUUUGUUUAGUUCCCCGGGGUCGUCGCUUGGGGUCUUUUAGGUUCCUAGAAAGUCUACAAGCUACAUGCAUUCCAGUUUUGUUAAGCAACGGCUACGAGCUGCCUUUCUCUGAGGUGAUCGAUUGGAACAAGGUGGUCGUCUGGGCUGAUGAGAGGCUUCUGCUGCAGGUCCCAGCAGUUGUCCACUCAAUCACAGAAAGCUCCAUUCUGGCCAUGAGGCAACAGUGUCAGUUGGUCUGGGAGUCUUAUUUCUCUUCUGUUGAUAAAAUUAUUAAUACAGUUAUAGAGGUUGUGAAAAAUCGCAUUCAAAAUCACCUGGUUCGUCCAUCCUAUCAUUGGAACACUGUCCCUGGGGCUCAUGUUGUGUUGCCUGAGUGGUCAGACAUCCCCAGCAACUACCCGUUCUAUUUCAGCCCAUUUGGUGAGACACCAAGGGAUAAAUUUACAGCUGUGGUCUAUGCAACGACCCCAGUCACCACGUCUUCACCGUCCUUGUUCCGAGUGCUGAGGAUGGUGUCCAAGUCACAGUAUUGUCACAAGGUGAUUGUAUUGUGGCACUGUGAUGUCCCACCCCCUCCUUCACAAAAAUGGCCGACUGACCUGGGGAUACCAGUGAGGGUCAAGACAAGAGAUAUAAAGUCCAUCAAUGCCAGGUUCACCCCCUACAAGGAAAUAGAGACUGAUGCUGUAUUUAAUUUGGAUGAAGAUGUCUUACUGACAACUGAUGAGAUUGACUUUGCCUUUAGUGUGUGGCAAGAGUUCCCAGACAGAAUAGUUGGUUACCCAGCAAGAAGCCAUCAUUGGGACGAGUCUGUGGGGAGAUGGAAGUACAGCUCAAGGUGGACCAAUGAAUAUAGCAUGGUGCUGACUUCAGCUGCUGUUUAUCACAGAUACUACAACUAUCUGUACACAACCUAUUUGAGUCCCAUGAUUCUAGCCAAGGUGGAUGAGUGCAAUAACUGUGAAGACAUUCUCAUGAAUUUUUUAGUCACACAUUCAACCAGACUCUCUCCCAUUAAGGUGACCCAAAGAAAGCAGUACAAAGAGUCGCUGCAGGCACAGACCCUGGACCAAAUAGGUCAGCUCCACUUCCAGCAACGGCAGGAGUGUCUAGAAGACUUUGUGGACUACUUCGGCUACAUGCCCCUGCUCCACUCCGUAGUCAGGCUUGACACCAUGCUCUACAAGGACCCAGUGUCCAACAUGAGGAAGAAGUACAGACAGAUAGAGACGGUCCAGUCCUGACCCUGGUGAAUGAUAGUUUGUUUGACUGUGUACAUGUGUGUGGGUGUUCUUUGAAUGAUAGUUUGUCUGACUGUAUACAUGUGUGUGGGUGUUUUUGUUUCAUUCAUACAACAAGAAUUGUAAAUAAUAUUGCUGCUUAAAACUAAAGAGAUAUCAAAUAAUCAACCUUGUAGGAACUAAAAGGAGAAAAAACAGACAUUAUAUUCAUAUGUUGCUAUAGAGCAUAAUUUGUAGUGUGUUUUAAUAUAUGCCAGAUGAGUUGUUUUAAUUUAUUCUAUUCUCUGAUGUUCAGUGUAUUCAUGUAUUGGUAUGUUCAAAUACCAUAAAGUUCCAGAACUGCUCAAGUCAAACUGUCACUACUUUGUUCUUGUACUCAACUUAUGUUCUUGUAGUUUAAUGGGAUUCUCUUUUAUUGUGCAUGUUCAUGACACACUUGUGUUGAUCUAUGUUAAUUUAUUCAUGUAUUUAUACAGUUUUCAUUCAUAUCUAGUCAGCUUCUAGAGCUCAUGUUCUAUUUAUUGUCUGCAUUGAUUGGUGGAAAUAAUUUGUUUGUUUGUUUUAAUCAUCAAAUCAUAGCUUCAUCAAAACUUUUAGUAAAUAUAUCUAUGUAUUUUAUUUUUAGUUUUUUUUUAAAGCUUAGCUAAUCCCUUUUUCUUUGGCGCUAAUAAAUACAUUUUUUUUUAUUUAGAUCACUUAUGGCAAUAGUAAUUUUUAGUUGGUUCAUUUCUUAUUACUUAUAUAAUUUUUUUUUGUACCUUGUCUAGGGACCAUAAUUUUCUAAUCAUUCCUUCAAGAACUGGCCGAUUUCUUAGGUCUUUAGCACUUUGAGUCCUAAUGUAUAGCAUUGAGCUCAUGUGAACAAACCAAAAGUUUAAGGAUAAAAUGAUUUGUUUGUGCAUUCUUCUAUUUUGUACAUAGUGGCUGUGUGUAAACAAUAUGACCUGACCUAGAUCUACCACUUGCUAGAGCACAAGAAGAAUACAUGUUUGGCUGCCACACACUUAUGAAAUAUUUCAAGCACUGCAAAUUUUUUUUUUUUUUUUUUUUAUUUAAAUUUUUUUUUUUUUUUUUUUUUUUUUAAAGAGUUUUUUGGGGCCUUGUAAAUUUGGACAUUUAUGUGUUUUUUUUUUGGGUAUAUCUUUGUUUGCAUAAGAAUGGAUGCCGUGUCACAAUAUGUAAUGGAAGCUGUGUCACAAUAUGUUAAAACUAUAGACCUAAUGGACAUUUAGGUUUAUUCCUAGCAUGUUUGCAACAAAUUGUUAAUUCUGCUUGUCAUUGUUUUAGAAAAUGUGAGCUUUAAACAUAAUGGACUAUGUUUAGGUGUGGACAGACUCACCUGGUGACCUGGGUGCUGGCUAAUCUUAAACAGCUGACCAAUUAGACUUCGCCUCUUUCCAUAAGUGGAGCGUUAUACUUGGGUCAGGGUGUCAGGACAUGCCUUUGUCGUCGGGGGGAUAACACCUGAGUAGAAAAAUAAUAUUCUGUCUAAAACUAAAUUAGAAUAUAUUUACACAUAGCAAAAUAUUUCUGCAAUGUACAGGCAGUCCCAGGUACAAAGUCAUUAACAAGAUUAACAAACACAAGUUGCAAAAGAACACAGGUGACAACCAUCACCUGUCAUACAGACAGAAAACUGGCCAACAGUGCCGAAUUUUCUUGUUAUUUAAAUCAAAAACCAUUUGUAAUUUUCAAAAUCAUUUGUAGUUUCAACUAAUGAAGACUGCCAUCUACUAGUUUCAACAACAAUAGAGAUAUAAAGAUUUUUUGUUACAUAUUGUGAUAUUUAGUUUAGCAAAUGGUUGCUUCUGAAAUUGCAGAGCUUACCCAAUCCCACAGAUUCAAAAUUGUCAAAUAUUUUAAUUUAAUAGUCAAAGUUAAAUCACCCUAGCAACUUGAUUGUUAAUGUCAAGAAUAACAAGUUAUCAGAACUAGGGUAAUAUCAAAGUGAAACUAGCUACAGACUCUAUUUGUUAGUCCUAAGAAAGUCGUCAUUAAUUUGUAUUUCAUAUUCAGUUAUAUUUCUGCAGCUUGAACUGAUUAUGUGUGUGUGUGUGUGGUUGUGCAUGGGAUUACUUACUUAUUGUAAGUGGAAAUACGGAGGUAUACAUUCACUGUACAUAUGCAAGUGAAACUCUGUGAGUUUUGAACAAUUUGUAACAGUGUUAAAAUUAACAUAGAAAAAUGACUCUAUUUGAAAAGUGUAUAACUAUAUUGAACACAUUUUUACUGAGUGAUUAAUGUCUUUUUUAAUCUCAUUUCCAGCCAACUCCAAGCUGCUUUAGGAAUAAAUUUUUCAUUUAUACUUGCUGUGUGCCUUAAUUCUGAAGACAUUGACACUUCAAUCUUUAUUCUCAUACUGGGAAUUUUGUGAUUGCUAAAACUCCUACUCUCCCUUUUUUAGACUUACCAUUGUACAUAGUCACCAGUUGAACAAGCAGAAAUGACUAGGUUUAAAGAAGAGCUCACAGUAACUUAUUUUAAGGAGUUUAAAAGAUUCUGGCUUUUAAAAGUUAGAAUUAUGUAAUUUCAGAAAGUAAUCAUAAUUACUUUUUUUUUUUUAAAGUUUAUGAAUUGGCAUGUUAAAAAAGAGCAUUUGUAUUCUUGUUGUUGUGUUCAGAACUGGAAGGCACUAUGGAUGUCUAUUUACUUGAGCUGCACUCUGUUCAUAGUAUGUUGUUAUCAUAUCAAAGAGUUCAAUUGUCAAUACAUUCCUUCCACUGUAAAACUUCAUCUCUUUCUCUAAUGCAUGCUUACCUUCUUGAUCUCUUUCUCUGAUGUUGUUUUGUGCACUAGUAUAUCACAGAGUUCAGAUAAAGGUAAAUGACAUGGUGUCCAGUUGUGUCCCACUUUUAUAAGCAUUGUAACAUUUCUUAAAACUUCCUCAAGAGAUUCAAUUUUGAUUAGCUUUCUGAGUUCAAACACCAGAGUUCAAUCAUCUUAAAUUCCCUACAGAAAGCCUAGGAAAAUACAGACAGGUUGAAACCAUCAAAACAAACAAGGACUGCAAUUAUCUUGUAUGUUUUUCUUUUGUUUUUUGAUGAACAUUUCUCAAGUAAAUAAAAAUUAAAAAGAUUUGUCAACACAAGUUGUUUAGACCAGGGUUAAUGCUGAGGUUAGAGUUUAAGUGUUUUAUAGUGCAAGGAUGUCAUUGCUAUUCCUUAUAACUCAGUAUUACUAUGGCAUGGAACGAUGGUUUGCAUCACUCACCUCUGAAGAAUCCUUGCACCAUGUUCUUAAAGUUUGUUUGUUGUUUUUUACAUGUGCCAUGCAGCUGCAGUUGGCAUACAUUUGCAUCUCUUUGUCCUUUUAUGUCAUUUUGAUUGGACCAUUGUAUUAGUAAUUCAUCAUUCUUUUUCAAAUUAGUUUACAUUGUUCUCAAGUUAUCUUCCUUACUAUCAUUAUUACUUCUUAGUUUUCUCCCCUGUUUCCAAAUCAAUUUAAAUCACUAAUUCAUAGAUGUCUACAUUUUGAUUGUAGAUUACAUGGGAAAACAAACAAAAGAAUUUCCACACGUUUUUUUUUUAAUAUUUGAGGAAAAAAAAAAAAGAGUUUUGUGUUGGGAUAAUUGUUCAACGAACACAUUUUUUGUUUUGUUAACUCUCAAUUUUAAAACUGGGCAUCUUAUUUGUUCCUGCCUGAGCUAAUUUAGGUUUACUUCUCAUAGUCUCUGUACAAUUGUUUUAGUUGUACCCUAAAGGCAUUCAGAAUGCAAAUCAAACAGAAAUGUUUUGAUUAUAAGAUUGUGACUCUUCUUGAAUCUCUUGUUCUGUUUUUUUAUUAUCUACGAAACGCUAAUAGUGCUCUACAUCUUGAAACUAAUUUGAAGACUUUUCAAUUGAAUGUAUAAAUUGCACACAUGUUUGUCAAGAACCUAUUGAAUGAUACACAAUAGUUGUUUUAUUGUUGUUUUAACUGAACAUAAUGUAUUAGUUAUGUUGUAUUUUCAUACCUUGGCUGGGGUGCUAUGAAAAUCUAGGUUUUAAUUUCUAAUCUUUGCCUGUUUUUUUGUUGUUGUUUAAAGCCAUGUCAUCUGUUAGUUUAAUCUGUGAUUCUUUUGAAUUAUUUCCCUUUUUUGUUUGUUUUCUUGUGUAGGGCCAACAGAUUUGUUAUGAACAAUGAACUUGUGUUGGCACGAUGCUGAUGUGUAUGUGUGUUAAUGACUCUCAAUACUUUUAUUGCAGGGCAAUAAGAGCACAAGCAAUAUCAUAGUAUAUUAUAUAUAUAUAUACAUAUAUUAUAUAGUACAUAGAAUCUGUUUUGUUUAGUGGAAAUCUAAUUUUGAUUGUGUUGUUGUUUUUAUGUCAUAGUCUUGGUUUAAACAAUGUAAUUGUAUUUCUAAUUGAUUUAAUGUCUACAGAACUAAGAAACUAUGUGGAAAGGACAAAAGUUCAAUGUCAGGGUUCCCCAAACUAAUGCCUGCAAAUCAGUUCUUAAUUGUGAUGUUAUCUAGCUUGCUGUCCGAAAAAAAAAAAUUUAGCAGUAAUAUUUCUAUCAGUAUUUAUAUAUUUUUUGAAAAUUUAUCAUUUAGUUUUUAUUUAUUAUAAAUUUAAUAAUACAACAAAACAUUACUUUCAAUUUAUUUAUAGCAUUUUAAAAUCUGCUAUUUUACAAAAAUGUUAUAUUAAUAAAAUAAUGAAAAGCAUUAGCUUUACGUACAAACUUGUAGUUAUCCCCAGUGGGUCAGUUUUAUAAUCAAACAUGCUUUUACAUUUACACCACAGAUUUAUACAAAUUUAAAUUUUGUUUUAAAAAACCUUCACCUAUCUUUUAGUCUUUCGGACCAUUGAACACCACACAAUAUCUGUUGACUGUCUUUUAUACUAACUAGAUCUAUAAUAAAAAUGCACACUUUUGGAAACCAUAAUAGUCAUUGUACCUUCAAAGGCAUAUUGAACCUUUACGUUUUUUAAAAUCAACUUUACAAACUACCAGUACAUACAUUUUUGCUUUUAGUUUUCUGGACUUCUUUCAUUUUUUCAUCAUCAAAUAGAUUACAGUGGGGGAAAAGUCAGUCCAUAGAUAGACUCAUUGAUCUGUGAUCUUUAGUUAGUUUUCUCUUUUUCUUCAUUGGUCUUGAGGUGUUAUUUCUGCUUGUAGUACAGACAGUGACAGUUUUAUGUAGUCUUUGAAUACAUUAUCCAAAUAAUUCAGUAUUAAUAAGUAGAAAUGAACUUUUUAUCUUUCAUUUGAUUGGGUGUGCCCUAUGAUGCAUGAUGUUGCUCACCCAAUUUGACGGUCACAUGUCCACUGAAAACUUUUGAAUCCUUUCUGGUGACAGUUAUCACAGCUCACAGCUUGAUCCUUCUUUAAGGUGAACACCACUGCUAUCAUUUUGAACUUAGUCCAGUGCCUAGGGAUGUAAUGUAAAAUGUUUGUUUUGUAAAAUGUUUUACAUGUUUCGGAUGUUCCUUCAGAGUUGAAGAUAAUUACUUCCUAGUCCAAACCUCCCACAGGACGACGGGGGAUGGGAGCGGCAGGGUUUGAACCCGGGAGCAUCGAUAAAUCUGAACGACAGUCCAGCGCGCAAACCGCACGACCAGGCAGCCAGAGGUCUAUUGGCUUCCAGAUGCAUUCUGGGAAUAUUUCAGUAGCUGAUAUAAGGUUUUGAAAUGAUAUUUUAAAAUGCUGUUUUAAGAGUAAUGACAACUAGCAUACCACAAUGACUCUUUCUAGAAUUAAUUCUUCUGACUUUCCAUUACCACUUUUUGUUUGCUUUUCAGUUUUACAAAAAUCAACAACUGAAAUAGUUUUUAUUUGAAGGAGACUCAUUAAAAUAGUGUUAGGAUGAACCAAUGUUAUGCACAAGUUCUCUAUUGCCUGUUCAGUUGUACACUAGUUCCAUUAGAAUAAAAAAACAAAAUUUGCCCUGACUAAUAUUGUUGGAAACUUAAUAUACUUUUUUGUUUUGUUUUGUUUUAUAGAACAUAAGUACUUUCUUUAUUUGAUACACUAUGUAUAGAAUUUGUCUGCAUUUUUGUGUGUGUGUGUGAUGCUGUUAUGUUGAGACUGUGUUUUUAUCAUCAAACAUGAGGACACCAAAGUGAACAUCAAGUUAAAUGCCAUUCAACAAAAUUAUAUUAAUGGCAUUUGUAUAAAAAAAAAAAAACAGAAUAGUGGUUGAUGUCUUACAUAUAGGGUGGGAAAAAGAAAUGUUUGGAAAAUUAAGGUUUACACAAAAGUAUUACUCGCUUUGUAGCAGAAACUUUGUUUUAUAUUUAUCUUACAUGUAUGUAUGUGAACAAAAUUGGUUACAUUUUUACCUACGUAGAUUUUUAACAGUUAUUUCUCAAUAUUAUAUGCUGUUUAAUGCUAGGAUAUUAAUUUGCUGCGAGUUUUGCACAAUUAUUACAGAAUUCUUAGAAUAUUUAGUAGUAUUAGAUUUGUGUACAUUUAAAUUAUCACAGUUUGACUAUUCCAAAUAACUAUUAACUAGUCAUAUCUUUUUGUUUUAUGCCCAUAAUUUCUUUGACUUAGAUUCUCUUGAGGCCAUGAUUCUAUUUGUCUUUUAGAUUCUGUAACUAUUGAAACUUUUUUUUUAUAAGUGGCUCUUUGUAUCCACUGGGAAUGUCUCUAAAUAUUGAACAAGAAAUGACUGGGAUCAAAAUACAGGGGGCAUCUGUCCAUGACUAUCCAGACUCAUCAUUCUGGUUGUUGCCAGCUAUUGAUUUAUUAUGGACUAUUAUACAUAUAUCAUACAUAAUAUCACCUGCACUUCUGCUCUUUUUUUUUUUUAAUUUUUUAGUCCAAAGUAGCCUCAUAGCAAGCCCUCUGACUCACGAUGGAUUGUCCAAGAUAUUUCAUUAUCUCUACGUUUCAAUUUUGUUUCUUUAUUAUUUUUACUUAGCAGAUAUUGAAAAAUUGAGGGUAACAACAUUGCUGUUUUUAAACUGGUCAACCAUGUUGGUAAGGGGAAACAAUUUUUGAAAUAACUUUUUGUCUUAUCAGUUAAUGUGGUAACUCGAGUGACUUUCCAUUGUUCAAUAGUUACCAUUUAAAAGUUUAGUUCUAGCACAACCACAAUUGCUAGAUUUUUUUAAAUUUUCUUUUUUAGCAUUUUGGUUAAUGUUGUCACUGUUCAUCUAAAGACUUCCAGACCAGCUGUUUUCUUUGCUUAAAUGUGUUUGUGGUUCAUACCCCCCUGAUAACAUAUCUAUGUACCUUGUAUCUAUGAAUGGCGCACAGUACAUAUUAUAUUGAUUGCUGGGAUAACCUGACUUCCAUUGGAUAAUAUUUAUGCACCAAUAUGGACACUUUUUUGUUUCUUUUCACUUCCAGGAGGCAUUGUGGGAUUUGUGUCUGCUUCAUCCCAUGCAUUAUUCUGACCUGUUGAUUUUUUUUUUUUUAAAUUGGGUUAUCUCUCUUUCUGUCUGAAACAUUUUGAAGACUAAUUACUCAGGGGUUAAUGACAAAUAAAAAACAACAAAAAAAAAACAGCAACAUGGUAAAUCAGUUGAAGUUCCACUUUCACCAUCUUUAUGACAUGUCUGUCAUGUUUUGUUGUUUUUGUAUCACUGAUAUAUAUAUAUAUUUGUAAUGAUGUAUUUGAAUGCAUUCUAUUUCUCCAGUUUCAUGUAUGUACUUCCUGUUGAUGUAAAUUUGGUUGUUUUAAACAAAAACAAUGUCUAUUUUGAAAACUAAUGUGUAUAUACAAAAGUUGUAUUAAAUUAUGACCUGACUGUUUUGUGUGUGUACAGGAUUCAUGCAUAUUGAAGGCUGAUAUAAAUAUUGUCAAUGAUAUGAACUACUUGCAUUAAGAGGUUUAUAUUGUUAGGUUGCUUUUUUUUUUUAAAUCUUAAAUGCUUGGAAUAAACAUUACAUUAAUAUGAAAAUUA